GACGCCUGGGAUGUCUCCGCGCCCCCUCCAGGUCUCCUCCCGGCGCCACCGCCUGAGCAAGCCGGCACUGAGACUCUGGACAGCGGCCCGGGAGGAAGGAUCCAGAAUGGAAAUGUGGCUGUUGGGUUUGGUGUUCUGUUUGGUCCUUGGGACCCUGCAUUCCGAGACAUCCAGAGGGAAGCUGACUGUGGAUCCUGAAACGAAUAUGAAUGUGACUGAAAUUAUCUCCUACUGGGGAUUUCCUAGCGAAGAACACCUAGUCGAGACAGAAGAUGGAUAUAUUCUUGGCCUCCACCGAAUCCCUCAUGGGAGGAAGAACCAUUAUGACAAAGGUCGCAGACCAGUGGUGUUCCUGCAGCAUGGCCUGCUGGCAGAUUCCAGUAACUGGGUCACAAACCUGCCCAACAGCAGCCUGGGCUUCAUCCUGGCAGAUGCGGGUUUCGAUGUGUGGAUGGGGAACAGCAGGGGAAACACCUGGUCUCGGAAGCACAAGACCUUUUCUGUUUUUCAGGAUGAAUACUGGGCCUUCAGUUAUGAUGAGAUGGCAAACUAUGACUUACCAGCUUCAAUUAACUUCAUUUUGAAUAAAACUGGCCAAGAACAAGUGUACUAUGUGGGUCAUUCUCAAGGCACUACGAUAGGUUUUAUAGCGUUUUCACGGAACCCGGAGCUGGCCAAAAAGAUUAAGAUGUUUUUUGCCCUGGCUCCUGUGGCUUCAAUCAAUUUCUCUACCAGCCCUCUAACUAAACUAGGACGACUACCUGAUCUUCUCAUUAAGGACAUAUUUGGGGUCAAACAGUUUCUUCCCCAGAAUGAAGUUUUGAAGUGGCUGGGUAAGCAUGUUUGCAGUCAUGUCAUUCUGAAGGAGCUUUGUGGAAAUGCCCUUUUUCUUCUCUGCGGAUUUAAUGAGAGAAAUUUAAAUAUGUCUAGAGUGCCUGUGUAUAUAACACACUCUCCUGCUGGAACUUCUGUGCAGAAUAUGAUACACUGGAGCCAGACAUUUAAAUUGAAGAAGUUUCAAGCCUUUGACUGGGGAAGCAGUUCCAAGAAUUAUUUUCAUUACAACCAGACUUCCCCUCCCACUUACAAUGUGAAAGACAUGCGUGUGCCNCUAACUGAGACUGACAGAAGACAGAUUAACAGUAAAAAAGCAUAUGAAUUUUAUUUAUACGUACAUGGGAGGUCUCACAAGAAAAAUGAAGACCCAAAGAAGUGA